GAACGCAGUGGAUUGCCCAGCGAUGUAGACGACGAAGAGUCCGCCAUGGAAGAAACAGAUGUGGGGCAAUUGCGCUGGUUUCUGUCGAUUGCGACUCUGAUUGUCGCGCUGAUCGCCGGAGCAACUGCCCUGCACCGGUCCUCGUCGACGCCCAAGGGCCAAGGCAAGAGAAGCAGCCGGUUGCUGAAGGAAGAUUCACUAGAACCCAAGGUCUCAACUCCAGUGGUUGAGCCUGACAUUGCUCAUUCUCAGCACCAAAAGGAAGAGACAACUGAGAGGUCCAGCGAGCCACUCUCGCUUCGCUUCCGCUUCACCCCCAACGAUUUGCUGAACGCCCACCUGAACCGCGACCCCGACUCCGACCCCGACCACUCGCACGGUGCUCGUGUUUGGGCGGUGGAGACGACGGAGGACGCGGCCGCACUGCUGGCCGGCUGCCCCAUGGACACGGUGAUCGCUUGCAGCUUUCAUCGUCAGGGCGCUGAACACGGAAAGGCUCAAGCACAAGCUUUGCGGCAGCUGGCACGGGCAGAGCCAGCAGGGAUGAGCUUUGCAGAGGUGGAUCUCCACGCGGCGCCGGAGGUUGCCGCCUGGGCCAGGGUGGUCGCCCCCGAGGUGCGGCUGCUGCAGCCGGACGGGCAGAUCCUACAGCGGGUGACUCCACGGGAAGUGGCGACCGGUGCCUUGCACCGCUGGGCCUCAGUGAAGGCAGGUGACUUGGCCAAAGAAGCCGAGACCAAGCUGGAUGCCCUGGCACAAAGAUUCCCAGGGGCGCUGUGCGAUGAGAUGAAGAUGUGCACGAGCAAGGAGAACCUGGACAAGAUGCAGGCGGCAGGGCACGAACUGCUUGCUCGGAAGUUCUCCGAUGCAGAGGUGGAGAUCUUCCAACGCCUUUGCGACUCCUACCGCGCCCAUGCGGUGCCCCGUGCACGCCUUGUUAGCGGCCUGGCGAAGCUCCUGCGAAGGCUGACGACGUCCACGACGGCUCCGGCGACACCGCUGCUGGAUCUCAGCCGGCGCCUGGCGGCCUCCAAGCUUCUGGGUGGGUCGGAGCCAGGUGCCUUAGAAGCGCUCGAGCUCCUGCUGAAUGCGAUCCUCAACCACUCAGAGGCGCCAGAAGCGCCCACGGCGGUGAUGUUGGCAGGGCAGUUCUUGGCAAACUGCUUCCAUCAACCUUUGGUGGGGGAGGCCCUGCUGCCUGUGGCCGCUGAGGCUUUGCAACUGCCCACUUGGCGUGCGGUGUGGGAUCCAAGUGGCCAUGCCAAGGCGCGCGAAGCAGUGGCGGUUCUGCUGCUGAAUGCCUCGGUGGCCUUAAGGAAAGCACGGUUUCGGGCAAGUCAUGGGCCGUUGCUGGAGCAGGCCUUGGCUGCCUUGAAAUGCCUCCCCACCGACGAGCGCGUGAACUGGGCCGUGGGGAACUUGUUGGCGAUGGGCGGCGGCCCCGACGAGGCGCGACGUGCACUGGCGAGCCUGGCGCCGUUGCGCGCGUUGGCGGCCGCCGUCGUUGAGGGGCAGCUCGACGGCCCCGAGGGCGUCGCUUUUCCGGCCGCCUGGGGCCCAGAUGGGCGGCGCCAGCACGACCCACAGCGGCCGCAGCGGCCGGCUGGGAGGCCCCGUGCGCCGGUGCCAGCGAGGUAUCGGCGAGGGGGCGGCUGAGGAUAGAGUGCUGAAUCUGAGCAAAUGGUAAGAUAUGG